AUGUUAAAGUGUUAUGAAUCAGAAUUUAUUAACCAAGACUAUAAUGAAGAAUCAAUAGAAUUAGAAGAUACUACCUAUCUUCACCAUCUUCAACUAAUGAUAGAACUGUUAGCUAGCAAUUGUGAAGUUGCAUUGCAAGAUGGGUUCUAUAUUACAAAUACUGUUACUGGUAAAUAUCUACAAUAUAAAAAAAACAAUACAAUUUAUCUUGAAUCUACUGAGGAGGCAUAUCAGAAAAUAAUUUGUCUUUAUUAUAAUAAGG